UUGAACGGCAGCGACCCAGCCGAGGGUGAUUCUUACUGAAUGUUCUUGUGUCGACGAACGCGUCCGGACCAGAGGCUGACUGUGGGGAACAAGCCACUCUGAAGCGAAUGAAGAAGCAUACACUCUUUCACUUCACAUACAGAGGAUUAACGAGAGGAAAAAAGAGUAAAAGAAGAAAAUGGAGUAUAAAUUACGAAAAGCUGAACCCAGGGACGUGUCUGAUAUAUUACGACUGGUGAAGGAACUUGCAAAAUAUGAAGACAUGGAGCACCAGGUGACGCUGACUGAGAAAGAACUCCUUGAGGACGGUUUCGGUGACACCCCGUUUUAUCAUUGCAUCAUCGCGGAAAUCCAAGGAGAGAGCAGCAAUGACGAUCCGAAAGUGGUGGGUUUUGCGAUGUACUACUUCACUUAUGACCCCUGGAUUGGCAAACAGCUCUAUCUGGAGGAUUUCUACGUGAUGAAUGAACACAGAGGGUUGGGCAUCGGUUCGGCGCUCCUGCGGCACCUCAGUGAUCUGGCGAUGAAGACGCGCUGCAGCGGCAUGAUGUUCAUCGUCGCGGAGAACAACGAGCCGUCCGUCCAGUUCUACAAGCGGCGUGGUGCUGAGGACCUGUCUCAGGAGGAAGGCUGGAGGCUCUUCAGGUUCAACAAGAACAGCCUCGUCAAGAUGGCCACUCCGGACGAGGAAUGAUCGAGGUCCGGCGCCGACCAGAGACGGGGGGGAGACGAGGAAACACGAGGGUCUGACCAGAGACGGGGAGAGAGAGAGAGAGAGAGUUUGGCUGCUUUCUCUUGACGAGUCAUUUUAUUGAAUCUCUGAUGUUGUCGCCGCUGUAGCUGUCAGUCGUGUGUGAGACGUGAAAGCACGCAGUGGUGGCGUUGCAGCAGCCUGCUCGGGAAUAAGUCAGCCUCUCUGCGUCCGACUCCUCAGAUUUUCUCUCCAUUCAGACAUGAUUCAUAGUUCAGCUUUUUAAAAAGGGGAAUUCUGUUUCAGUAAUAUGAUUCUGCAUGUAGUUCAUAGUCUUAGUAAGCAUUUAGUUUAUUUCUAAUAUAUCGAAAUCAUUUAUGUUAACCUUUUGUUCACUAUCCUUUGUUAGUGUUUGAUGUGCAGGAAGAUUUAAUCACUUAAGUUUGCAAUAAAAUAAUUAAUGAUCA